AUGAUGGAAAUUUUCGAAUUUCAGGAAGCAUUUCAUUCUCUCUCUGGUGUGGUAUCCAAGACUACUCUAGCUCCCGUAGCUGAGCUCUUCAAUGGUGAUUAUAGUAUAUCCAUUCUAUGGGGUCUGUUCUGGUGCCUUGUGUCGACUGUGGUUUCAUAUUGGUGGCUAAGAAUGAGCAAGAGAAAUCGGUAUAGGCAAAUGCCUCAGCAGCACGUGCGAGUGAAGGGCGCGGCUAUUUUCCGAGAUUUCCGUAGGACGUUGAUGCUCCCCUUGGCAUUCUGGAUCGUCUGCUUCCUCCAUCUCCUCUUUUCAAACGCCCAUCGAGUAUUCGGUCACAUUGAUGCUGAUUACCUCCGGGCCAAAUACAACUACACCAAGGUGGAGUCUGGUCAGUCCGCGGCUAUAACUGACAGUCUCGGCAUACUCCUAUCACCUCUUAUGGGCCUUGCUAUUGACUAUGCUGGAAGAUCGGCAGUCCUACUACCGGUGAUACUGAUGGUAGCUGGCACGAUAGGCUCAUUGGGGUACUACCUCCUCAGUAGCAGCUUGUUCACGUCUCCAGACAUUCCACUGCUUAUGCUCUCUUUCUGUAACGCACUUACUCCCACAGUUCUGCGAGCGACAGUGCCCUCAGCAAUACAGGGCUCAGGGGCCCUGUUUGCUACUGCUUAUGGGUGUUAUGAAGUGAUGGAGGCUGCUGGAGUGUUCAUAGGAGGCUGGAUGGUCGGCUUGGUGAAGACUAUGACAGGAACUUACCGAGAAGUGGUAUUAUGGUUCUCAUUCUCUCUGAUAUUGGCAGUAAUACUAUCACUAACGUUGUUGGUGUUGCAGACUCGGAAACGCAAAAUCGUUGCCGAGACUGACCCACUGACCACUAGUGAUGAGGAGGAAGGCCAUAGCUUGCUAGUGGACCGCAUGGUACUCCCUAGGAAGGACCAUCCUGCAGCUGAUCUUGGUCGUGCGGGCUGA